AUGUUGACCAGCCGGCUUACCUUUCUCAAGGCUUUCUCCUCAAUGACGUCAAGUUCACUUCAGCGAGUCCUCUUCGGCGGCAACCGAUAUGUGUCACAGGCCAACGGCAACAGCGGCAAUAUUGGCGGAGAGAUAAUCAAGCAGGCGCUGAAACGAAACUUUCCAAAUGCCGCCGACAUUGUGGUGCAGGACAUCUCAGGUGGUUGUGGUGCCAUGUUUGAGGUGUACGUCGUCUCAGAUGAGUUCAAGGGCGUUGCUCGGGUCAAACAGCACUUGGCGGUGUCCAAUGUAAGCGGUCAUGACCCGUUCGCCGAUGCGUUUCGUAGUGAUGAAACAGGAGCCCAAGACGGCCUAAUCCACAUUCGGAUUCAGCAACGUAACGGUCGCAAGACGCUGACCACCGUGCAGGGCAUCGCCGACAAUUUCGAUAAAAAGAAAAUUGUGAAAGCAUGCAAAAAGGAGUUUGCCUGUAACGGCACCGUGGUCGAUCACGCCGAGUAUGGUGAAGUGAUUCAACUGCAGGGCGAUCAGCGCAACAACAUUUGCCAGUUUUUGACCAAAAUUGGCAUUGCCAAGGCCGAUCAGCUGAAGGUGCACGGUUUCUAA